UAAAAUCUUCCGUCACCAUUGUUGUCAUCUUCCUUCCUCUCUCGUGAAUCUUUUUUCUUUCUUCUCUUCAAACUUUGCCGAGCAACCAGACACGACGAAUCCAUUCCCACCGAUUUCGUAGCUUCUUCCUUCAAUUUCCAUUUCUCUUUUACCUUUUCCUCUUUCAAUUUCUUCUGCAUGCUUCUUGAUUCUCUCUGACGCCGUUUCUUCCGACGUUCUUCGAAGCUGUUUCGUCAACCGCUUUCCAAAUGGCGAUUUUGAAUUCUGGAGGCGUUGUUAGUACGGCGACGGAGAACGGUGGCGGAGAGUUUGUGGAUCUUGAUAGCCUUCGUCGACGCAAAUCGAGAUCGGAUUCUAACGAUAAUUCACCUUCAGAUGAUCUUGGACCUCCGGACGACGUUAGAAAUCGGAUUGAUUCCGUUGUUAACGACGACGCUCAAGGAACAGCCAAUUUGGCUGGUGAUACCGAAAUUAGGGAAACUGGUGGUGGAAGAGGCGGCGGAGAAGGAAGAGGAAACGCCGAUGCUACGUUUACGUAUCGACCGUCGGUUCCAGCUCAUCGGAGGGCGAGGGAGAGUCCACUCAGCUCCGACGCAAUCUUCAAACAGAGCCAUGCCGGAUUAUUCAACCUCUGUGUAGUAGUUCUUAUUGCUGUAAACAGUAGACUCAUCAUCGAAAAUCUUAUGAAGUAUGGUUGGUUGAUCAGAACGGAUUUCUGGUUUAGUUCAAGAUCGCUGCGAGAUUGGCCGCUUUUCAUGUGUUGUAUAUCCCUUUCGAUCUUUCCUUUGGCUGCUUUUACGGUUGAGAAAUUGGUACUUCAGAAAUACAUAUCAGAACCUGUUGUCAUCUUUCUUCAUAUUAUUAUCACCAUGACAGAGGUUUUGUAUCCAGUUUACGUCACCCUAAGGUGUGAUUCUGCUUUUUUAUCAGGUGUCACAUUGAUGCUCCUCACUUGCAUUGUGUGGCUAAAGUUGGUUUCUUAUGCUCAUACUAGCUAUGACAUAAGAUCCCUAGCCAAUGCAGCUGAUAAGGCCAAUCCUGAAGUCUCCUACUAUGUUAGCUUGAAGAGCUUGGCAUAUUUCAUGGUCGCUCCCACAUUGUGUUAUCAGCCAAGCUAUCCACGUUCAGCAUGUAUACGGAAGGGUUGGGUGGCUCGUCAAUUUGCAAAACUGGUCAUAUUCACUGGAUUCAUGGGAUUUAUAAUAGAACAAUAUAUAAAUCCCAUUGUCAGGAACUCAAAGCAUCCUUUGAAAGGGGAUCUUCUAUACGCUAUUGAAAGAGUGUUGAAGCUUUCAGUUCCAAAUUUAUACGUGUGGCUCUGUAUGUUCUACUGCUUCUUCCACCUUUGGUUAAACAUAUUGGCAGAGCUUCUCUGCUUCGGGGAUCGUGAAUUCUACAAAGAUUGGUGGAAUGCAAAAAGUGUGGGAGAUUACUGGAGAAUGUGGAAUAUGCCUGUUCAUAAAUGGAUGGUUCGACAUAUAUACUUCCCGUGCCUGCGCAGCAAGAUACCAAAGACGCUCGCCAUCAUCAUUGCUUUCUUAGUCUCUGCAGUCUUUCAUGAGCUAUGCAUAGCAGUUCCUUGUCGUCUCUUCAAGCUAUGGGCUUUUCUUGGGAUUAUGUUUCAGGUGCCUUUGGUUUUUAUCACAAACUAUCUACAAGAAAGGUUUGGAUCAACGGUGGGGAACAUGAUCUUCUGGUUCAUCUUCUGCAUUUUCGGACAACCGAUGUGUGUGCUUCUUUAUUACCACGACCUGAUGAACCGCAAAGGAUCGAUGUCAUGAAACAACUGUUCAAAAAUGACUUUCUUCAAACAUCUAUGGACUAUGGCCUUGUUGGAUCUCCAUCGAUGUUGUGGUGGUUCUGAUGCUAAAACAACAAAGUGUUAAAACCAUUGAAGAAGAAAAGAAAAUUAGAGUUGUUGUAUCUGCAAAAAUUUUGGUAGAGACACGCGAACCCCGUUUGAGUUGUGACUUGUGAAUCUCGUUAUCUGGAUCUGCUCUUGUCUUUAACCCCAUCAAGAAAAGUAGAUCGAGAUAUUGGAUUUUGUUAUGGUGUAAAGAAAUUUCAAUCAAAAACUGUUUUGUAAUAAUUGUUACCAAAAAAGAAAUGCUUCUUUUGGAAACAAGAGGGGGAGAAAUAGUAGUUUUGUGAGGUUUAA